UUUAUUUACUUUGCAUUUGUACAGCAUGUUUCUGGAGUCUACAUUUGACAAGUUGUCAGUAUUGGAAGGUUUUACUAAAAUUUAUACCUUCAAAGAAAAAAAAAAUGCUGUUUGUAAGUUUGAACCUUUGGGAAGAAGAGACUGUAGUGUACAUGUAACAAGUUUUAUAUCCCAUCUUGACGAUUUAAAUAAAACUCCUGGGGUAUUAAUGUUGUUUUGUACUCUGACGCAUAUAUUUUACGUGAACACAAAGUAUAGAUAUAAAAUAGAACUAAAGUAGAAAUAAAAUAGAAAUUAAUAGAAAUAAAAUAGAAAUAAUUAAUAGGAAUAAAAUAUUUAAAAAUACAAAUGGAAUACAAGUUGUAUGAUGGAUUAUUUUGGACUCAACACUUCCUUAGUUUAUCGGUGGGGAAAUUUAAGACUGGAAGUCUUCAGCCGAGGUCCUCCCGCCCUUUGCACGCUGCAGGAGCUGAUGGUGCAGCGUCCCGCUUUUCUCCUUAAACCGGCGACAAGGGGCACGGCACAAGCGGCCGCCCCGUGUCCGCGCCUGCUGUCCCACCCUUCGGGGUUUCCCUCUCACCGGGCCGGUCCCUCCCGACACGGCGGGGCCCAGGCUGCGACCCCCCGCAAGCGGCCGCCUCCCCCGGCGCGGCCCGUCCGCCCCCGCCGGCUCUGGCCGCCCGGAAGCAGCCGCCCCCCGCGGCCGCCGCAGGUGAGGCCGCCCGGGCGGGGCGGCGCAGGUGCAGGCGCCGAGGGUGGCUGGGCCGGGAUCGGAGCGGAGCGCCGGGUGUUCCCGGGCCGGGCAGCCCCUUUCCCGCCCCACGAACUCGCCGGCAGGAUCGUCCCUUUUCCUGCCGCCCUUUGGACUCGGCUUCCUGCUGUCGGCGGGGGGUGAGAGGCGGCCGAGCUGGGCCGGGGAGCGCCCUGAGGCCGGGCCGAGCGCCAGCCAUGUCGCGGAGCGCCGGCUCGGAGGGCGGGCGGCCCCGCGGGGUCAGUGCCGGCUCCCCGCUCGCCCGGGACGCGGAGCCGGGGGCCGCUGACCCCUCGCCGCCCCCGCUCCCCCUGCAGCCCCCCUUCGGCCCCGGCUCCUACCCCGGGGAGGGCCGCCCGGCCGAGCUCAAGCCGGUCCGGCGGUUCAUCCCGGACUCGUGGAAGAACUUCUUCAAAGGGAGGCGCCGCAACGGCUCCAGCUGGGACAGCACGGCCUCCGACAUCAGGUACAUCUCCGACGGGGUCGAGUGCUCGCCGCCCUCCUCCCCGGCCCCUCGGCAGCCCCAGCCCCGCUCCGUGCCCGGCUCCUACAAGGAUCCAUACGGAGGGUCGGGCGGGAGCUACAACUCGCGGAAGGAGGCCGAAGCCAUGCUGCCGGAGGACCCCUUUGGGUCGCUGGAGCACCGGGCAGCCACCGGCCAGACGUACAGCGAGCGUGUGGAGGCCUACAACCAGCGGUACGCCUACAUGAAGUCCUGGGCCGGGUUGCUGAGGAUCCUCUGCGUGGUGGAGCUGCUGCUGGGCGCUGCCGUCUUCGCCUGCGUCACGGCCUACGUCCACAAGGACAACGAGUGGUACAACAUGUUUGGGUACUCGCAGCCCUACGGCUACGGGGCCGGUGGCGCCUAUGGUGGCUACUCCUACAGCGGGCCCAAAACACCUUUCAUCCUGGUGGUGGCGGGAAUGGCGUGGAUCGUCACGAUAGUGCUGCUGGUGCUGGGCAUGUCGAUGUACUACCGGACCAUCCUCCUCGACUCCAACUGGUGGCCCCUGACUGAGUUCGGAAUUAACGUGGCCUUGUUCUUUCUGUAUAUGUCGGCUGCCAUAGUAUACGUAAACGAUACCAACCGAGGAGGGCUCUGCUACUACCAGCUGUUUAAGACACCGAUAAAUGCAUCUUUUUGCCGUGUAGAGGGAGGUCAGACAGCAGCAAUCAUCUUCUUGUUUGUCACGGUGAUCAUCUAUCUAAUUAGCGCAGUGGUUUCUCUAAAGUUAUGGAGGCAUGAAGGAGCCAGGAGGCACCGGGAAUUAAUGGAGCAGGAGAUGAAAACACAGUCCUCUCUUCCAGAAAAGAAGUAUGAAAGUGAUGACAGACCAAGAGAAGAGGUCACUUAUAGGCAACUUAAAUCAGUGGAAAGAAAACCAGAACUACUUAAUGGUCAUAUACCUGCAGGCCACAUUCCUAAACCUAUAGUGAUGCCAGACUACUUAGCGAAAUACCCAGCAAUUCAAACAAAUGAAAUGCGAGACCGGUAUAAAGCAGUAUUUAAUGAUCAGUUUGCUGAGUACAAAGAACUGUCUGUGGAAGUUCAUGCUGUAUUAAAAAAGUUUGAUGAGCUGGAUGCAUUGAUGAGACAGCUUCCUCACCAUCCCGAAAGCAUAUAUGAACAGGAAAGAAUAUCAAAAGUUCUGCAAGAAUACAAGAAGAAGAAAAAUGAUCCUGCAUUUCUGGAGAAAAAGGAGCGUUGUGAAUACCUGAAGAAUAAGCUUUCUCACAUAAAACAACGAAUUCAGGACUAUGAUAAAGUUAUGAAUUGGAAUGUAGAAACUUAGCUAUGCCUUCACUUUGUGCAUACUAUUUUCUAUUUUUUAAAUUGAAAUGCAUAUUUUAAACUAUUUAUUUACUCUCGGAACAGUACACCUAUGGGGAUUACUUAAUCACUUUGUCACUUAUUUAGGUGUACAUUGCUGGUAGGUUUUGUAUGCAGAUCCAAUUUUAAAUCAAUGUAAUGAAGUUAUCAGAUGAGUUUAGAAAACCUGUGCUAACAUUCUGCUUUUAUUACGACAAUGCACAGCCUGGCCUCUUAAAGAUGCAUACUUUGAAAAUACUGUAUUGGCAAACUUGCAGAGCCCACCAGAGAAAGUGGUUCUAAAGACUGCGUCAAAAGUUUGCACAGAAGUGCCAUUAACAAUUUCAGAUUUCAUUUAUAGGUGGUAUCUUAAUGAUAUCAGAAAGAGUUGAACCGCUCUUUCUGGCUGGGGUUUGUUGGCAUGCUUAAUCGUAUUGAGUAAUUUUUGCAAAUCAAAAAUUAGUUUAGUAAGACUUCUUGUAUUGUAUUUCCAAAUGCUCUGCUGUAUGUCAGAAAUUAUCUGGAAUUUCAUCAAACAAGAGAUACGAAAUAACUUCCUAUUUAAGCAACCAUCGUAAUGGGGGGCAGGAGGGGUUGUGUUGGGGUUUUGUUAUUUGGGAUUUUUUUUUUUAUUCCCCCUCUUUAGAGGUCAUGCAACAAAUUUAUACGUGGCCUUUAAGGAAUAGAGGUACAGGAUGAGACUCAUGUUAUGUUCCAUUAGCGUUGCAAUAGGUCAGUAUGCUCUGUAUAAUUUUUCUGAGUCAUCUUAGUAGGAGUCCAUGGGUUUAAAGGCAAAGCACUUUACUCUUCAUCAGCAAGUAACAGGUCGUUUUGUCUAGACAGCAGUUGUUUGCAAACUUGGCAUUCAGAGAGUAAGCACAGCAAAAUUAAUUCUCACCCAAAGUAUAAAUUAUUAGCAUCCUUUAUAAGGCCAGGUAAAAUAUUUUAAUAGACAUGCUUUCCAGAGCAUAUCGGUAUACAUUUUUAUAUUUUGUCAUGGGGAUAAGUUUGUAUAUGCAAAUGUUUUCAUAAGCCAGUAAAUUUUCUCUUUGUAUCCUUUUUCACAUCUUUGUUUACUUUUUUUUACCUACUAAAAUUGUUAGAAGCAUUGAUAGUUUCCUUGUACAGUUUUCUACAACUGCAAUUUGUUUGUUCUGAAAUAUAUUUUAAUUUGGAAAAAAAAUCACCACUGUAGCCAUGUUAUUCUAUUGCUUAUAAAGGCAUUUUGUUCGAAAAAGGUGCUCUGAUUAAGGUUAUUUCAAAUUUUUACAAGUGAUCAUUUUUUCUUUAAAAGAAAGUUUUUAACUUUUGCCAUAACUGGAGGCAAGACAUCAGGAAAGCUGUUUCCAGUUUAGAACAGUGAUGGUAGUACUGUCUCUGUUCUUCAGUACUGGAAAUGCAUUAAUAUACCUCGCUCUGGCAGUUAUAUCCCAUCUGAUUUUUGAGCCCGUAUCAUUCACGCUGCAAUCUUGAUGUCUACAAACCCGCUUUCAUAUUUGUAAAGUUGACAUUCCAAUUUUAUCAGCCACUUAACUCCAAGAGUUUUAGUGGAUGAGGUAACACAAGACACCAUGGGAACAAUGAGAGAAUUUGAAAACUUGGCACCUUUUCAUUUGAAAGCCUUCACUCUCAUCUACCUGGAAGGUGUCUCAAUAUUUUCUUUGGUCUGAAAGCAGAUGACAGUCAGUGCUAUCUGUCUCUCUCUCUCUCUGGUUCAGGCUUCUAUUCUUUUCAAAGAAGAGGAAACCUCUCUACCUUACAAAGGAGCUGGGCCAAGUGUUUUAUACUUACUGUGCUGUAUACUUGUUAAGCUUUUCUUUGUAAGAGAGGCCCUUGUCCAAAUGCCUGCAAUCUGAACAACCUCUCACUGCACCCAGGUUUCUCAUUUUUUCUUAGUGGGCGUUCUGGGUGUUGCAUCUGUACCAGGAGAAGAUUAAUCCAACUGAUUAUUAUAUAAACUGAUGUUUAUAAGGUGCUAAAAAGAAGUUGACUUACUUCUUCUUUGGAAGACUCCCGGUCUGCACCUUUAAUAGGUCUUCCUCCCAUAAGGACACUGAGACCCAACUCCAGGCUGCCUUUGACAGUGGUCUGAGUUUCAGUCUCUGAGAAACUGUCUCCCAGCCCCUCAGAGAGUGCCUGCAUAGCCUCUCAGAACCAUCCUGCUUCUCCUUUCCUGGCAAGUUUCCAACAAAUGGGUCGGGAAAAGGGGACACCAUGCCUGUGGCUGGAACAAGGAAAUAAACCAAAUGGAGACAGCUGUGUGUGGAUUCCUCCACAUUUCCCAGCAAGGUGCCACAGGUGUGGCUGAGGGGAUUUUCCAAGAACUGGGGAGAGAAGAUGGGUAGGAAUACUACUAUCUGCCAGUCUUUUGGGUUUUAAAUAGGAUUAGUGCAAUGCAUGGCAGUGGGGCGUGCUGAGCAUUGAGCCCCAGCAGAAGGCAUUUACCUUUGCAGCUUAAGAAGUCCAGCAGGGCAACAUGUUGCCACCAUUACAGUAAAUUACUUGCUCAGUCCUGGAUCCAUUAAGGACCUCAACACUGCUCAACAGGCACUUUUGGUGCAUACAACUGGUGAGCUGGUUUUGCUCUAACCUAUCAAUGGAGAACUGAAAAGGGACCUGUCAACAGUGCUCUGAACAGACCAAAGAAAAAAUAUUAGUCCAAGAAACAUUUUUCUCUCUCAGAUAAAUUGAGAUUAGUGAAAUAAGAAUUAAUGGCUGAGAGCUGAAGUCAAGUCAAAUGCAAGACAGAAAUUAGGAGGAAAUUCAGUGAGAAUUAGUUACAAUCUGAACUAUCAGGGAAAGUGGCCUCUUGAUAUCCUUAAAGAAUAGAAGGUAUACUUCAGGCAAAACUAAAAUUAUUAGAUGAUUAUCACCUCGGUCUCUCUAGGCAGUCUCUCUAGUUCAGCUCUCUGAAUCUACCUUGUUGCAUGUAUGUACAAAGAGUCUGCUGUGUGGUCUUACUCCUGUGACUGGGUUUUUGCAGAAAGUAGUCAACAUUUGUUCCAUUCUUACUAAGUAAUGCUGCCCUACGUCAACGGGCAUACAGCAGUCACUUUCAGUUACAGCCUUUCCUCAGACACUGAGUGCCUAUAACGAGAACAUUGAUCCUUCAGUCUUCCUAUUAGAAAAUGGCUGCCUGGCUCCACAAAUCUACGAAGGGAAACGUCCAAGAGACUUACAGUUUCCAGGAAUAUAAUAGUUUUCAAACUGGACUUGAAUAAAUCAAUGAAAGAGCUUUUUUUUUUUUUUGUCUUGAUAAACAGCUGGAUAUCCUUGAUCAAGACAACUGUGGCAACAUCUGCAUACUCUUUACUAAUCGUACAUUUUUGCAGGGCAGAUAAAGCAGCACCUAACAAAUGUAACCGCAAGUUUGUAUUACAUAGUAGUGUGGACUAGCUUUCAUGACAGCGUAUCAACUAAAAAUAAUCAUGGCAAUGAAAAACCUAAUUGAUUUAAAAUUGUAGAAGAAGACAUCCAAUAUUUAGUUUAUUAAUCUCAAAAUUGUGGUGGGAUUUGAAGCAUUUGGGCAAUAAUGAUGUACAAAAUGACUGUAUAUCCUGUGUUCUUGUCCAGCACUGAAAUUCUUGGCCUUGUCAAUAAAAAA